AUAUUUUUUUAUGUGCUAAGUUGUGCAAUUUAUAAAAAUCGUUUGAAUUUUUCUAUUUUAUCAAGGGUUUAAAUAGUUAUGUUAUUUAUUCAUUAAUUGAACAUCAAAUUUUGUGUAUGUUCUAUAAAUUUAAAUGAUACAAAUUAAUUUUAUACAGUGCUUAUAUACAAUUUUAUUAAUAUAAAUUAUUUUUCAGUUUUUAUUUUUACUCAGAGAAUAUAAGCAAUGAGUAAAUACAAUUUCCAAAGGCCUGAAAUGGAGACACCACUUCAAAAUUCACACUAUAAUCCUUCGAGGGAAACUCUGGGACGUUAUUCAGAGUAUUCUUUACAUUCAAGUUAUAAAAUAAGAGCUGGAGAUGCUGCUUCAAGUGAUUCAGUUGCAUGGACCACAAGAAUUCCAUAUGCUACUUUGAUUGCAGCUCUUUUAUGUUGCACUGGUAUCGGUAUAUUUUGUGGAACUAUGUAUCGAGGAGCUACAUUGAGUGCAUUAGUAUUGGACCAAGUAUUUCAUCUAUAUAUUGGAUGGUUAGAAACAGUAAAAACUGUUUUAGUAUUAAUAGCCGCUUUAAUGGGUGCCUUGACGUUAAUGAUAAUUUUUGUUGGGUUCUUGGCGACAGGCGCAACUCGUCGACGAGUUUACAAAGCAUGGCGUAAUAGAGUUGGAGGGCGUAUAUCUUGUGCAGUUUUUAUGGGUAUUAUUUAUUUGCUACAAUUUUUCUGGGUUACUAUAUUUGGAUUUCUUACAAUUUUAACAUUUUUAAUGACAGUUUUUUGGCAAUUAUGUGCUAGCUCUCCAGUACAAGAUCAGCAUCAAUGUAUCGAUUUGAAACAAUUUUAUUUUAUGUUUCCUCAAUCAACACGUAUCGAUUAUUUAAAAAUUUGUGAACCUAGAGAAAUAAAAUUCUUUUGUAGAGAUUUUGUUGAGAAAGCAGAAUUCAUGUUUAUAAUGGGUACCCUUGGAGUUGUAUUAAUUAUUAUUAGUUUGGUUCAUUAUUUGAUGUGCCUAUCAGCUAAUUAUGCUCAUAUAAGAGAUCAUGAAAAAUUUGAAGAGCUUCAAGAACUACAAUUAUUACAAGACACUGACUUUGCUGCAUCAAAAGAAAGAUUUUAAGCAAUAAUUAAUGACUAAACUUUUUUAAAAGUUCUUUCUAAAAAGUGUAAUUUUAAACAGGGUUAAAAUGAUUAUGCCGUCCAAUUUAUUCACAAUUUUUAUAUUUUUAUACAUGCACCAAAGUAAUUAAAUAUACUUAGUAUUAACAAUGUUAUUGUUUAUAAAAUAAUUUAAUUAUAAUGUUUUUGUUUCAUUAUUAAUUUUAAAUUUUAGUACUUCUACAUUUUUAUUUUUAUUUAUACUGAAAUAAAUUGUUGAUAGAAAAGUACAUUUUAUAUAUGAGAACAUGGUAAAACAAUUUAGAAAA